AUGGCUGCUUCUUGCACUGUCUUUCGUUUCAGACUUUCAUUUCUUAUUCUCAUCUUUUUUCCUAAUUUCUUGUCAAUUUUUUUAAUACUUUUUUUUUUAUUUUCAGUUAUUCUUUUUCAUAUUUCUAUCUUUCCUUCAUUCUUUCUUUGUGAUUAUCACUUUUCUUUCGAUCUUUCUUUUUCUUUCCAUUUCCCAUUUCUUCCCGAUUUUCCAUCUUUCUUUCUUUCUUUAUGUUUUUCCUUUCUUUCUUUUACUGCCAGACUUUUUUCGUUCUUUCAUUUUCUUCCUUCAGGUAUUUCUUUCGUUCUUUCUUUGUUCUCCAUUUUUUCAUUUCAUCACGGUUUUUUUUCAUUCUUUUUUUCUUUCAAAAAAACAAUUCUAUCUAUGAACGUAUUUCUAUCCAUUGGCACUCUCUGCCAUAUUCUUGGUAGCGUCGCAUGUACCCGUGCGCAUGCGCGCACACAUGGGUACAUGUCUGCAAAGCCCAAAUUUUCACGAACACUUCUACCGCUCACCUUCGACAUUUACCGCUGCUCUCACUGCCACAAUAACCACGGUAAUGACAAAAACACCCCGUUACUCCUCAUCUCCUACGAUCCAGAUCAUCUAUCUAUCUAUCUAUCUAUCUAUCUAUCUAUCUAUCUAUCUAUCUAUCUAUCUAUCUAUCCCAGUGUGUUUCUAUCUAUCUAUCUAUCUAUCUAUCUAUCUAUCUAUCUAUCUAUCUAUCUAUCUAUCCCAGUUUAUUUCUAUCUAUCUAUCUAUCUAUCUAUCUAUCUAUCUAUCUAUCUAUCUAUCUAG